AUGGCGUCAGGUCAGGCGAUGCCUGAGCCAAUGAACGCCACCCCACACCACUCGAAGGUCAAGGUAUCACUUUCAUUCGCGGACACGACAUUCGUAGCUGGGACACACGUUUCCGGAAAGAUGGAGAUGGAGUGUCGAGCAGACAAAGGGCUAGGCAUAGGCGUCAUGAUGGUUGAGCUUUUCGCAGUGCAAGAAUUGUGCUCGCGCGACCACUCAGCGACGUCCGUUUUCUUAUACAGCAGACGCUUAUUCCAAGGCCCCAAUCUCCCACCAUCAAAUGCUGUCCAGGCCCACCCCAUACCAGGGUACCCUGUGCUCCCACCGCAUUAUCACCAAGCUCGGCGCGGCCGCUCUACUUUCCUCUUCCGAAUUCCCAUACCAGAGUCCUCUCCAUCUGCCAUCAAUUUUGGGUCUGGCUUGGCCAAGGUCCGGUAUGAACUCCGAGCCAGUGUAGGCGUGUUUUGGAAGGGCGAAAGGCGCCUUGUAACUGAUAAUCGCGCGUUGGAAGUAGUAGCUGCCUAUCCGUAUGAAGAAACAUAUGGAGGUAAAGAAUCUCAAGGAGUCGUUGUGGGAGAGAAAGGCAAGUUUUGGAUGCAGGGGACGCUGGUUGGAGGUGCCGUUGUCGCUGGUGGAACUGCGUGCGUAGAGCUGCAGGUGAAGAACCAUUCCACCAAGAAGGUUGGUUUGACGCUGUCUCUUACACGAACGCUCGUACUGCCUGGCAGUAAAGGGCCAGCAAACCAGCCAUUGCGAAUAUCGGACAUGCUUACGGUAGUUCCGUUCCGUGGUGCAGAAUACACUAUUCCUCCAGGGGCAGAGGGAGUGGCCAGUUUAGUAUUUGACGUUCCCAAGGAAGCACGAGGAGUGAGAGGGGGAACAUUAGUCGGAGAUGAGACAGAGCCUCCUCGUACGACAGAGUCAUUGUUUGAAGUUCGUUGUUCGGUGGAGAUCAAGAUGGCCAUGGGAUUCGGGAGCAAGGAUAUUGUUCUUGAGCUUCCUGUCACCUUCGUUCACCCACUGGCAGUUCCACCGCCAGACAACCCUCAUUACUCAUCUCCUGCGUCUGCGUAUCCUUAUACCUCUCCAGUGCCGGAGACGUCCGUUUAUCCUGACCUUACUAACCAAUUCUACCCUGCACUUCCCAUGUCUCCUCCGCCCUUUCAGCUGCCUUACGUUGACCAAAAUCACGUCUGGCUCCCGCCUUCUCUUCCCCUGCCUAUUACGCCGCAACCACUGGCCCAACCAUAUCCUUAUAUUUCUCCACAAAUUCAGCAAAUGCCUUACUUUGGCCCGUUACCACCAAUACCCAACGUUCCUGUCCAUGCUCAUGGCUAUACCACACGUCCUUUGAGUGCUGGCGCCAACACCUCAGUGUCACAGGUCCCUCUGCCUGGCAUGGGCAAUGUUCCUGCAUCAGGCACCGAAUUCGAACCAGAAGAAGGGAAGGGCGAGCUUGCUUUGCGAGUAGCCACGCAUUUAAGACUUUCAUCUCGUCAUCGUUCUGUGUCGCCCCAGUCACAUCGAUACCCCCUUCCUCUUCCACCACCCUCACACGUAGAAGCUCCUCCCCCUAUCAAAAACUUCCGCAGUCUGCCGCCCCCGCCUCUUCUCCUUCCACAGAAUAAUCUUUUCGGAUCUCCUCCUGCCUCGGAGGGUGUGGUGCACUCUCCAAGACCCCAGCUGACGCCGAAGCAUUCAUUCACAGUUGACCCGAUCACGCACCAUACACUUCCCAAGAGUGAGAGGGUGGAGCAACUGGAAAGGAUGGCGGACGCCGUAGUUGAACGGAGCAAGGACCUUUCAGGAGACUUGCCCAAGACCGAUGGUGGUGUGGCGAUGCUAUCGAACAGGAUGAACAACGAUCUAGACGUGGAUAUUAAUAAGACGUUGCCUGGUCCACCAGUUCCUGCAGAAAUCUUAAAGAGCAAAGCAUAUCAAUUAUCUUCUCCUUCGAGCACCCAGGCGAAUGCGAAUUCGUUUCCACCUCCCUCGCAACCACCUCAAUCCAUGUUAUUGCUACCAUUAGACGAGAAAACACCCCCAACGCCUACAUUGAUGGCAGUCCAUCCUACGCGGUAUCCGCGGGGCAACAACGUCCUGCUUGGAGUGGGUGGAUGUGGAGAGAGUGGUCUAGAUGCAUUGGAGAGGAGGCUUCUCAUGGAAGUGGGCACACGCAAGCUCGACCCUUGUCGCAAGCGACCUGAUGCGCGCUCGGCAGUGAUGCCUAUUGCUAUUCCGAAUAAGAGCCCGGAACCGUUGAAUGAUUCUGCGAUUUCGAGCUUGACGCUUGCUGAUCAUGCUGCGUACCAGGAUCAGGACCACGAGCAUGAGCCUGAGCCUGAGGUUGAUCAUGACUCUGAUGCGGACGUUGAGGCGAAGACGCAUAGGGGAGGCAGGUCGAGUGGAUCUGGGGAAGAGAGGGGGCGAAGUAUUGGGAAUGUAACGGAUGGAAGUAGGGGUGCUCGUGCUCGUGGCAGGCCUGAGGCGUUGUCGAGGAGAGAUGAGAAGCUUUUCCUCGAAGAUAACAACGCAAAGACAGAAAAGAAAGGCAAGAAGAAGAGGACGUCUGACAAGGUGCGCAGUAAAACUGCUGCGAAGGGACGAGUGGCGGCUUGGUUGGGUGGAAUUGAUCCAGAUGUGCCACCUCAAGAGGAGGAGGUGAUACCUCCCAGCCCAAGUGUUGCUCGUACGCCAUCCGAUCUUGCUGAACCUUGCAAUCUUUUCGACGUACUUGGGGGUAUACCUGUCGAGCAAACCGCAACUGCAAUGCCUGUUGAAUAUCCCCAACCAGAAGUGGUUCAACAAGACGUCUCAUCUGCACCCAAUCCUCGUUCCUCAGGAUUCAUGCCUCUUGCAACUUUGAAGAGGGAUCCAGCUCAGCGACAUCUCGUUACCAAAGAAAUGAGUGUCGUUGAAGAAGCCAGGAGAGUUGCUAGCCUCUGGUCGUCUGCUUCUCCUGUGGUGAAUGUCGUUGAUGCCCCAGUCACGUCUCCAUCUCAACCAACAACGCAGUCUGUGAGGACAGAGAGGAAAGUAUCACCUCCCUCAACAAUAAAAGCUGCGCCCAAAGCACGUGGGUAUGCAGCUGCUGUGUGUCCUCCUGUCAGAAAUGUCUGGAAACUCCCAGAUCCCACUAUCAAGGGCGAAGCCGACCCGGCACCAGCUGUUCCACCAAAGAAAGCUGUCCAACCCUCUCCGCGUUUGCCCGCUUUCCCCUCUUUGACAACGCCAAAUAAAGACCCCGAAGUCAAGUAUGACAUUCGCUCUGCACGAGGUGGAAGGGGCGGAAAGGUCGCUGCUGUAGCAUCUAUUUGGGCAUCAGCUGCUGCGAACAACAACACUGCAAAGCCUCAGGUACUGCGUGAUGGUAUCACUUCUCCUGCUGCGAAACCGGUAAGACCACCUGGCAAGCAUGGUACACCUCCUCGUUUGGGACCAGCUGCAGAGCCAAAGGCAAGGGAUCCCCUUCCCCCCAUGUCUCGAAGGCCCCAAAAAGCUCCCCGUAAGCCUCAAUCGGCAACGGUUUUAUCGACCACACAAGGGCCUGUCACAAAUAUACGAAGUAAAUCUACCGAUGCGCUCUCUCCCAAAUGUGUCGAUCAAUCACCGACAACCAAGGUCUUUCGAUCUCCAGGCCAGCUUACGCCCACCAAUUUGUCCUCGCCGGUUCUUUCUACGACGGAACCGCGGUUGCACGAGCUUACGGGGAGGAAAACGGAACCUCAGGCUUUGAUCAAGUCGUCGUCUGUUCCAGCUGUGAUUUCCCCAUCUCAUGCUACUCCUAUGCUCUCAUCAACCGCUUCGUUGGCUAGGCCACGUGCCGGUGGUGGUGGUUUGAAAGUCGGACCUGGGAAUAAAGCACCCAUUAUUGGACUUGGUCCGCCUUCGAGUUUUCCUUCACAACAACCGCGGGGAAUAUCCGCGAAACCCGCAGCGGCACCUGGAGAUCUGGCUUUUGGACAGGCUCGGCUGCGGGAUCUUAUCAAGAAAUAUCAAGGACAGGUGGUUAAUGCAUUGCCUAUUAUGACAGCCAUUUUUACUUUUUUGUUUUUGCAUAUGAUACAAUGCCUAUUUACAUUUGCUGCUCCAAAUACACCCAAGAGUUAA